CGGCGCCAUAUUUAAUACAUCACACACUAGCUAGCGUUAGCUGUUUACAAGCCCAAACUUUUAACUUGAGACGGAAACCUAAAGCAGGCCCUAAACCUAACCGAAAAUGAAUGUAAUAGAUCAUGUACGGGAUAUGGCUGCCGCUGGCCUACACUCUAAUGUCCGGAUAUUGAGCAGUUUGUUGCUCACGAUGAGCAAUAACAAUCCAGAGCUGUUUUCGCCAGCCCAGAAGUACCAGUUGCUGGUUUACCAUGCUGAUGCCAUCUUCCAUGAUAAGGAAUAUCGUAAUGCUGCCUGCAAAUACAGUAUGGCACUGCAGCAGAAGAAGGUGCUCAGCAAAACAUCAAAAGUCCGUACAUCUACUGGUGGAGCAGCAUCUAACAUACAGGCGCAGAGUUUGCCAUCAGAAAUUGAGGUAAAGUACAAGAUAGCUGAAUGCUACACCAUCUUGAAACUGGACAAAGAUGCCAUUGCAGUGCUUGAUGGGAUUCCAUCCAGACAGAGGACUCCAAAGAUCAACAUGAUGUUAGCUAACCUGUACAGGAAAGCUGGUCAGGAGCGUUCUGCUGUGACGAGCUACAAAGAGGUUCUCAGACAGUGUCCCCUCGCCCUGGAUGCAAUCAUUGGUCUUCUUUCUCUAUCAGUCAAAGGAGCUGAGGUGGCGUCUAUGACUAUGGAUGUGAUCCAGAGUAUCCCCAACCUUGACUGGCUCUCUGUUUGGAUCAAAGCUUAUGCCUUCAUACAUGCAGGAGACAAUCAAAGAGCCAUCAACACCAUUUGCUCUCUGGAGAAGAAAUCUCUCCUGCGGGACAACGUGGACCUCCUGGUGAGCCUGGCAGAUGUCUACUUCAGGGCAGGGGACACCAAAAACGCGAUCCUCAAAUUUGAACAAGCCCAGAUGCUGGACCCAUACCUCAUCAAGGGAAUGGAUGUUUAUGGUUACCUGAUGGCCCGUGAGGGACACCUGGAGGAUGUUGAGGUCUUGGGAGGACGAUUAUUUAAUAUUUCAGACCAGCAUGCUGAACCUUGGGUGAUCUCUGGUUGUCACAGCUUUUAUAGCAAGCGUUACUCCAGAGCCCUCUACCUGGGAGCCAAGGCCAUCCAGCUGAACAGCAACAGUGUGCAGGCUCUCCUCCUGAAGGGGGCAGCACUGAGAAACAUGGGUCGUGUUCAAGAGGCCAUCAUCCAUUUCAGAGAGGCCAUGCGUUUGGCACCUUGCCGACUCGACUGCUACGAAGGUCUGAUUGACUGUUACUUGGCAUCCAACGGGAUUCGAGAAGCUAUGGGGAUGGCUAAUAACAUCUAUAAGACUCUUGGGGCCAAUGCACAGACUCUGACCAUCCUUGCUACAGUGUGCCUGGAAGACCCUGUGACUCAGGAGAAAGCCAAAACCCUGCUGGACAAAGCACUGGCCCAGAGGCCCGACUACACCAAGGCUGUGGUCAAAAAGGCUGAACUGCUGAGUCGGGAACAGAAAUAUGAAGAGGGGAUCGCUCUCCUCCGGAAUGCCCUGGCCAAUCAGAGUGAUUGUGUCCUGCACAGAAUGCUGGGAGAUUUUCUUGUGGCUGUCAAUGAUUAUCAAGAAGCCAUGGAUCAGUACAGCAUAGCUCUAAGCCUGGAUCCCAAUGACCAGAAGUCUUUAGAAGGCAUGCAGAAGAUGGAGAAAGAGGAGAGCCCAACAGACGCCACAGUGGAGCUGGACGGGGACGACAUGGAGGGCAGUGGAGAGGACGGAGACCUGGAGGGCAGUGACAGUGAAGCAGCCCAGUGGGCUGACCAGGAACAGUGGUUUGGUAUGCAGUGACCCCGGGCCACCGAGGGAUGCUUGGUCAGUGCCACCUUCUAACACGCUGCAGCCUGUGGGAAGCCUUCAGCCAUCAGGGUCGUCAAACAGAACAAGGGGCCUUGCUGCUCCACACACCUCACAUGAUCAGAGGUUAACACCGAGUGACUGACGUCGCCACUUUUAGACCAUACAACUUUGACUAAUGCCCUGGUUUUCAGUACAGCUACAGGAGGGGUUCAGUGCUUUUACGGAAAUGCAACUUAGUGCAGAACCUCGGCCAUUUUUGACCUGAUGUUGUUUUCCCAUCAUAAUGAGUCACUGUGGAGCUAAUUGAGGCUUCUUUGCUCAUCUACACAGCACUUCAGGACAGUCUUACAUGGCCAGCAGACACUCAACCCCAGAGUAAAUCAAGAUGUGUUGUUCAAUGACUUGGGUUGCUCAUACUGCAGUAUGAUGUGUUUGUAACAAUUAAGUAAUCUCUCUGAUGCUACUUUGGCUUUUUCUUCAGCUUUCCUGCCAGUCUGUGGUUAUCUGAAUAAAUGGAUCACUGUUCCAGGUAAUACAAAUUACAACUUCAAAUUAAAUAUACUCAUUACAAAGCUUGUGUCAGUGUAUUAAAAAAAGACCUGCUUUGAAUCCUUUGUGAGGCCGGGUUCUGCAGUGCAUAGAGAGCUUUUCCAGGCAAGAUUAAUACUGGCCAAUGUACACUGAAGCAAUUGUUAGAACCAACUGGUGUGAUGGGAAAUUUUGUUUGGGCUAAAAAUGGCUGGAGUUAUCCAGGACAUGUUACAGGAGGCACUGUUUUUUUUUGAGCCUGACAGACUCUCACGGUUGCCACAGAGGAGGCAAGUUGUAGAUAUUAUCAAAUUUAUCACAAUAAAGGUUGUGAAUAUGCCAUAACUUUGUGUCUCUGGCAGGCAAACAGGUCUGUGAAAAAGUGACAAUGUACCACAUUUCUGCUGCUCUUCAAAAUGUAUCAUCUUAAUUUUUACUUCGUCACAUUUGAAGUUUUGUGUCAUGUAAUGUACAUGCCUAUUAUUUUUGUGUGUUUCUUGAGUCUGCCUUUCUGUAUCAAAAUAACUCAAUGAUUGACUCAUUCUUAAGUUGGGAAGUGUUACUUAACCAUUUCAAGACAAAUGUUUAUAGUAUUUUGUACAUAUUUUUAAAAUGUAUAAUAAAAUGAUGAAACACUCACUUGACAUGAAUGCAGUUGUCCGGUGGUAGACUGAAACUUCCACUAAAUAUUGUUUAAAUGAAACAGGGAAAACACUCAAUAAACUCAUAAUAUAUGACAGUUUUAUUUACCUGAAACCAAAGUUCAUGUGAUACAUUGUACAAUCAUCUCUGAAAAUACAGUACAGCAGUUUGGCAAAAAAAGCCAAUCGAGGGACUGCCUGCCAUUCUCAUGGUAAAACGUAUGCAUCACUGCACCGCUGCACGUCCGCCUUCCCAGAUGUGGCAAAAUCUGCUCCAAACAUGUUGCACAUCUCAGUGCAAAGCAAAAAAAGUCUGUUUG